AGCCGUUGCGAGGGUGCUGGCGUCACUUGUCAACAUGGUUUGAAUGGGAGAGAAACAGCUAGUGUGUUCUUUAAAUGGAAGAUUUGUAUUGAGUUUCUCUUCUAUUCAUUUAAAAAAAAGAAGUAGCUGAUGUGUAAUGAUAACACUAAUAUAAACGAUUAAACAUAUGGAAAUUUAGAAAGCCAGGGAUGGACAGUAAGCUGAUGUUAUGAAGUGAAAUGAGUCAACCGAGAGACGUCAAGAAGAGCGAAACAAACCAGAAAGGACGAAUAAAAGACGGAGGACAGAAAUUAAACACAAGAACAUGGAGAAAGCAGAGAGAAAUGCGGGUUUUAGCUGAGAGGAACCCGGCCGUGGUGCCGGUCGGUGCAUGGGUUGAAAGUGGAGCGGAGGAGCAGGAACAUCCAGCGAUCCGUGCGUUGCUCACGGAGGAGCUGCUCGAAGAAACCCGCAGGGCGAAGGAGGAGAGUCUGCGCCGGUUUCAGGAUGCGGUGCGCAGACGGGUAUCCGAGCAGGCCAGAAUACGUAAACAACAGCAGCUACAGAAGUUUUACAAUACAGCUGAAAGGGAGUGUGGAGAAUUCCAGCAGAGCGGUGACUCCAUUCAGCGCCUCACAUCUCACAAGAGUCGAAUUCCACCCUGGCCACAAGAGGAGCUCACUACCUGCAGCCCGAAUGCACGCUGGGUCAAGGCUCAAGAGCUCAAGGUAGCCAGCAGUGAUGAUCCGGACCAGUACAGACAUCAGCUUAGCAGAAUCAUGAAGCAGGUGAGACACAGACUGGCUGCGUGCCAGACCGUUCAAGAGAGCGAGGAUUUCUCAGAGCUUCCAGGAGGAAUAUGGAAAGUGUCUCCUGCUAGAGAUAAGACUGUCAGGAGAAUAAAUGAAGAUGACAGCGAAGAAGAGGAAGGAAAUGAAUAUGAUCUUGGCGAGGAAGAAGAGGUGUCGUUGGCGGGGCAACACGAUCGACCGGUUUGUUUGCAGAAUGGCAAGAUGGUGACUUUUCAGAACGACGUGGUGCAUAAAAGGGUGCCCAGUGAAGCACAUCAUCCCACAAGCCAGGACUACAGAUCCACUCAGGUCCUGUGGCCGAGAGAGGACCAAGAGGAGCAGAAGAGACAGAGACGCUCUCAGUUCCUGAAGUAUCGCCGUCUUUACAUGGACGUCGAGCGCGAGCAGGCGAAGGAGCACCAGAGACGCAAGAAACAUCUGAGGAGAAUCGCCAGAAUUAAGGCAGAAAAGGAGCAGCAGAGGGAGGAGGAGGAGAGGAGGAUGGAGCGUGCCCGGCAGCAGGAGGAAAGCCGGAGGCAGCUGGCCGAGAGGGAGCUCCUCAUUCUGGAGCGACUCAGGCUGGAGGAAGAGGAGCAGCAGCAGGAGGAGGAGAAAAGAGCACGAGUGAAGAAAUCCAAAGAGACUACGAGGUACGUCGAAGCCUUACGAGCUCAAAUCAAGGAGAAGCUGGAACAGGAGAAAGUCGAGCUUCCUCCGCUCUGCUGCUGCGGCGAGAGUUUUUGGGAUUCGCACCCUGACACUUGUGCCAACAACUGCAUUUUUUACAACAAUCCAAAAGCUUACGCUCAGGCCCUGCACUCGGUCCUGUUGAGCUGUGAGCUGUGCGAUGGUGGCGCCGGACCUGGAGGCUUCACACGGAAAAUCGUGCGCACGCUGACACACCAAGGCGCAAAUUUCAUUUAAUGCAAGCGUUUACAAAUACCUCAGAAUGCAUUAAUGAAGAAAUAGAUUUUUUUUUUUUUUUUUAUUCUGUAUCAGUUUUUACAGAAUUUUCAAAUGAAGGAAUCAAAUAAAAGUGCUUGACCUGA